AUGUUACAUUUUGCACGACAGCAGUACAUUAAUGAUAAACGAGAAUUAGUCAAAAUUGAUGAAUUUCGAAAGACUUAUACCGUUGAUAAAGCAAUUGAGUGGUAUACAAAAGAUUCAUUCUUUUAUCGAUUAUUAAAUGGAGCCUUACGAAGUGAAAAUUUUGAAGUCAUUUAUAAAUUUCGUUCGUUUAUUGCUGAUCUUCAUCAACAACUCAAAACAAUGCAUCAAAAUUAUGUUGAUCAAUUAUUCUCUUCUACAGAUAAAAAUGUAUUUGAAGUCUAUCGUGGACAAUUAUUACCCAAACGUGAAUUUGAAAAAUUAAAGAAAAAUAUUAAUGGUUUUGUUGCUAUGAAUACAUUUUUAUCAACAACAACUCAUAAAAGUAUUGCUCUAAUGUUUAGUGGCAAUGGUGAAAAUCGACCAGAAUUAGAAUCAGUUCUAUUUGUAAUUAAAAUGAAACAAACAUAUUUAACUGAACCAUUUGCUGACAUAUCUGUAGCAAGUAAUAUGAUAGAUGAAAAUGAAGUGCUCUUUUCAAUUGGAAGUAUUUUUCGAAUUGAUUCAAUACAUGCUUUAUCAGAAACUCAAUGGCAUAUUGAUCUAUCCUUGGUAACACAUAAUGAUGAAGAUGUUGUAAGAUUUUCUCAAUAUUUACGAGAAUCUGUUGAUUCAAAGCCUACAUUUAUUGACUUAAUUGAUAUAUUUUUCAAUAUGAAUGAUUAUCAGAGAGCUGCACAUUAUAGUAAAACAUUACUAAAAAAGAUUUCACUUACAAACGUCGAACGUUCAGAGAUUUAUUUGGCAUUAGGUCAAGCGGUGACUGGACAAUUCGUCGCGGACAAUUCGUCGCAGACAAUUCGUCGCAGACUAUUCGUCGCACGGACAAUUCGUCGCCGGA